AUGCGCGAAGUAUCUAUAUCGCCAGGCAUUGCUCUAUGCCACCAACAAGUCCCCGUCGGAGCCCUCCCCACCUCGAAGAAUCCAACCAGAAGGUUACGGGCCCGCGGUUCCACGCUAGGUAGGACACAGCCACGGGAGAGGGAUAACUUUGACGUGUUCCCGCGUCCUGGGAGUGCGUCGACUGCGUCGUAUACCUUUGUUCUGCCCCACGUUGGAAUACCAGAAUACCGCCCCUUUGCCCAACCCAUGAGCAAUGAGCACGCCAGUGGCCGCGACACGAACGCUUAG